AUGCGAGAAACGCUUGACGGCACUACCGAAUCGUUGCGGCGAAAUGGUAUCCAAGAUUUGCGAUCUUGGCAGAACACUUUGACCCAGAGGAAUAGCCACGAGGUUGCUAUAGAAUACCGUGAUCAAGACAAAGGUGUUGCGUUCAAGCGUAUGAUUGUAACGGUCGAUUAUGCCGGGGCCUUUGACUGA